AUGGGCUUCUUCAAGGCGGCAGAUAUUCGUCACGAAUGCGACAAGGCGGCUCAGAUACUUAAGUCGUUUGUUGAAAAGUCCAAGAUUCCUUCGGAAGUCAUCGCAGGCGCCCAGGGGCUGGCAAUCUUUACCGGCUUCCGUGCUGGCAUGUACCUUGCAGGCGCUGGCGGUUCCGGAAUUGUUGUCGCUCGUCUUCCCGAUGGAACUUGGUCACCGCCUUCUGCCUUCUCGGUGCGGAGUGGUAGCAUCGGCCUUGUUUAUGGCCUAGAUGUUUACGACUGUGUGUGCGUGCUCAACACACAAGCUGCCGUGGGCGCGUACAAGACGUCCGAAAUGAGCCUUGGCGGCGCCGUCGCCCUGGCAGCUGGACCAAUUGGGGGUACCGCCAAUGUGAAGGAGAUCAAGCCAGUCUGGACAUACACCAAAUCAAGGGGGUUUUACGGUGGCUUGACUGUGGAUGGAACAGUCAUCGAGGAGAGGCGUGACGCCAGCGCCGAUUUCUACGGGUCCAGCGUUUCUUCCAAGCAGAUUCUUGAGGGCGACGUCGAAAUCGUUCAUGGAUCCCACGACUGGCGUGCUGGAGCGAAGCAACUCAUCGAGGUUCUGAAAACCGCCGAAGGAAAACAGGGAGAUGCAAAGAUUCUUCAAGAAAUCAGCGACCAGCCGACUCCUGGUGAUCUGAGGGAGUGA